CAGCUGCCUUAGCUUGCGCCUGGCAUGCACUCGCCGAGCCGCUGCAUUGAGUUGAUGGCGUUUUGCCCAGGCGCUUUGUUCACCUAUAGAUUGCCAGCGUGAAUCCCCUUUAGUGCAACGCUCUCUUUGAAAUCCGUUUCCUCAGCAAUAAGCUGCAAUCAAUGCGUAAAGCCUUCAAUAAGGCAGCCAACAACGGCUACACCAAGAAGCCUGUGCCUCUGAGUCCAAGAGCCCUGCCACACUUGGCCAACCUUUUGGGUUUGAUCAGAUGAGAACAAAAUAUCCUGCAAACGUCUGUCCAGUCAUGUAGCUGAUUGGGUCUGGGUUACUGCCAUGUUACGUUAACUCCUUUCCAACCCCUGAAGAAGAAGGAGACAUGGCGCCUGCUCGCUUUCAUCCCCAGGUGGUGGCACUUCUCGUAGCACUGCAUGGCACUAUCUUCUGCAAUGCCGUAGUAACCAGAGACGGAGGACUGAGCUACGUGACACCAGACUACAACGUUCAAAAUAGCGGACGUGGCCCCAGCAAUCAGCCAGGGGAUUCUGUGAUCUGCCGUGAGCUGGUCCUUUCACGAGGCUACCCCUGCGAAGACCACUCAGUGACCACCAAAGAAGGCUUUGUUCUCGCACUCCAGCGAAUCCCAGGAGGGAAGCAAGCUGGGAGCGAGGGAUGGGAAGAGCCACCUCAGCAGCGCCCGCCCGUCCUGCUGAUGCAUGGCAUCUUGCAAGGUGGCGACUCUUGGCUACUGAACUUUCCAGCUGAAAACACGCUCGCCCUCACGCUCGCUGAUGCUGGCUUCAACGUAUUCCUUGGCAACUUCCGGGGCGCGCGCUGGAGCAACCACACCACGCUUCCGCGGAGCGACAAGCGCUACUGGGACUGGAGCUGGGAGGACCUGGCGAAAGAUGACCUGCCUGCCCUGCUGCGCUACGUGCACGACCUAGCGCAGGCCAAGGUGCUCUACGUGGGCCACAGCCAGGGCACGUUAACCCUGCUGGCCGCUUUGGCGGAGGAUUCCGGAGUCGCUCCCCUGCUGUCGCGGGCGGUUCUGUUGUGCCCCAUCGCGUACCUGGGCCACAUCACGUCCGCGUUCCUGCGCGUCUUCUCCCGCAUCUACCUCGACACGGCGGUGCGAGACAGUGGCCUAUACGAGUUUAACAUCAACAGCGCGCUGGUUGAGCGGAUGGCGGGCCAAGCGUGCGCGCACGAGGGCGUCCGGUGCAACAGCAUCCUGGCGUCCGUUACAGGCCCCAAUUGCUGCAUCUCCAUGGACCGGCUGGCGUUCUUCUUCCAGUACGAGUUCCAGUCGACGUCGGUGAAGAACCUCGCCCACCUGGCCCAGAUGAUUCGAACGGGCCGCUUCGCCAAGUAUGACUACGGAUGGGUCGGAAACCUUAGGCGCUAUUUCAGGCUUUCCCCACCUGCAUACGACCUUCGGCGUAUCCCUUCAAGCCUUCCAAUGCUCAUAGCUUAUGGGGGUAUGGAUGCUCUUAGUGAUCCUCUCGACGUGCAUAGGCUUCGUGCUGACCUUGUCAAUGCUCCGCAAACGCUUUACGUUCCGCAUUAUGCACACGGGGAUUUCAUCUUGGGUAAAACAGCAAAGGAAGAAGUCUAUGACAAGGUAUCUCGAUUCCUUUGGAGAACGCCCAUUUGACUGAUUCGUAGAGAUCUUUAAGGGGGCCGCGGCUGCGGCCGCCCAUCAACGCACCUACCACCAUCAAUUAAAGCAUAGCUGAAAGCUGCACUCCACAUUCUCAUGCUCAUUUCUGUCUUAUUGAUCCACGGUGCGAGUGACAAAAGGGCUACGUUCCAUAUCACCGC